AUGAAUUAAAUCUGGGCAUGGCUCGCAUGGGAAUUUCUUAAUCGUUGUAAUAGAGAAACCACCAGCAUGCAUUAUAUGAUUACGUGGCUUUUGAACUUUAAAUAUUGUCCAGAAUAGUAGGCGCAGCCGAAAGUCCUCCACUAAUCCUCCUGUUUAGUCUAACCAAACACUUCCUAACACCUACCAAUUUAAUCUCUCUCUUCGUAGUAAAAGAUUUAUCUUCUGUCAUCAUGUGUUGAUCAUGUUUUCCCAUAUUCUUGCCUGAGAAAUUGAGAGAGAAAGCAUGGAAGAAGGGCUGUUACCAAAGUCUACCAUUGUUAUUGUUGAGGUGCCUCCAAGAGCUAGUACAGGCGCCUCAUCAGCCACACCUGUUGUUGUGCUGAGCACCAUGGUCGCCCUCUGCGGUUCUCUCUCCGGUGGCUGCGCUACUGGAUAUUCAUCAUCUGCUGAAUCGGGAAUUAUAGAGGAUUUGGGCCUCUCUGUUGCAGCAUUUUCAGUUUUUGGUUCUGCAAUAACUAUCGGGGGAAUUAUAGGUAGCUUACUUAAUGGAAAGAUAGCAGACAGUAUUGGUCGGAAAGGUGCAAUGUGGUUCUCUGACAUAUUCAGCUUUGCAGGUUGGCUUGCUGUAGCAUUUGCAAAGAAUGCUUGGUGGUUGGAUCUCGGAAGACUGUCAAUUGGUAUUGGCGUUGGGAUUAUUUGCUUUGUGGUUCCUGUAUACAUUGCAGAAAUAACACCAAAAAAUAUUAGGGGACAAUUUACAUCAGCUGCUCAGCUGAUGAUAUGUUGUGGCAUUUCACUAAUGUAUUUCAUUGGAAAUCUCGUUAGCUGGCGCACCUUGUCCUUAAUUGGUGCCAUUCCUUGUCUAGUACAAAUUGUGGGAUUAUUCUUUGUCCCAGAGUCUCCAAGAUGGUUGGCUAAAAUUGGUAAAGAACACGAGCUUAAAGCUGCUCUGCAGCGUCUUAGGGGAAAGAAUGCUGAUAUCUCUCUAGAAGCAGCUGACAUCAAAGAUUUCACAGAAACCCUUCAACAACAAUCAGAAACGAGAUUUCUGGACUUGUUCCAUCGUAGAUAUGUUCAUGCCCUCAUUGUUGGAGCCGGGUUGAUGUUACUGCAACAAUUUGUAGGAUCCACAGCAAUUGUUUAUUAUGCAAGCUCUAUAUUUGCACAAGCUGGUUUUUCAAGUAGCAUUGGGACUAUAUCAAUGGCAAUCAUCCAGAUUCCAGCUGUCACUCUGGGUGUAAUCUUGACAGAUAAAUCAGGAAGAAAGCCACUUCUUAUGGUCUCCGCUGCUGGACUGUGCUUGAGUAGCUUAAUUGUAGGCUUGGCUUUCGGCUUUCAGGACUUCAACUGGUUAAAGGAGAUUACUCCCAUCUUGGUGCUAAUUGGGAUCCUGGGGUAUAGUGUGAUGUACACAUUUGCCUUGGCGGGACUACCAUGGGUUAUAGUGUCCGAGAUAUUCCCUAUAAAUGUCAAGGGGACGAGUGGAAGCCUUGUGACUUUAGUGAACUGGUCCUGCUCUUGGAUUACUUCAUACACUUUCAAUUUUAUGAUGGAAUGGAGUGCAGCAGGAACAUUCUUCAUAUAUUCUGGCAUUGCUGGCUUGACAAUUCUUUUCGUUGCCAAACUGGUUCCAGAAACCAAGGGAAGAACUUUGGAAGAAAUACAAGCCUCAAUUACUCAUUUUCGACAAUAAAAUUAUGAAAUGCAAGAAACAGCAGUGAACGAAUCACAGAAUGACACACAUGUUCUACAAUUAAUAUUCCCAUUGUUUGGGAUUUAUCAAGUUGUUGUUGCUUUUCAUUA